AUGCCUGACUGUGUUACGAAGCUCGAAAGUGCUGAGCGAGUACUGCGGCAUUGGUCAACGUACAGGCGCUUCCAGCCGGCGGACACGGAUCAUGGAGUUUAUGGCAAAGCAAGAGAAGUUGGGAAACUCGGCGUCUCCGACGAUAGUAAAGCGAAGAAGGAAGGUGAAGAAGUGGUGCUCGACCCACGGCAGCUGGCGGAAGAACGCCGAAAGGAGAAGCACCGCAAGAAGGAGGAAGAGAGAGAGCAGAUGCGGCAGGAAAUACGCGAUAAAUAUGGGAUCAGAAAGAAAGUCGAGAAAGAAGCCGAGAAAGAGUUAAACGAUAUGACGGGCCGCAUUGGCCGCAAGAAGAAGACAGCGGAGGAGAUCAAAAAGGAAGAGGAGCAGGCGUUGGCUAAUCAGGAGAAGGAGGAAGAAGAGCAUGAGCAAAGCGACCUGCCUCUAGACUUGACUUUCGUCAGGAACAAAGUGGCGGAGAUACAGAACGAUGUCAGCGAGAAGUGCUCGUGUAUGUGA